AUGGCGUCGCUCUUCUCAUCCCGGCGGAAACCCAAACGCAUUACGCGGGACGAGCCUGAAGAAGAGGCGGACGACGGUGAAGAAGUCACGGGCCCCGUCGUCCGCCGACCGAACGCCAACGCCCCACGCACCAAGUCAAAACUACGAGUGUCCUUCAACCCGACCGAAGACGAUGGCUCUGGUACGGGAAGAGAAACAGGGACAGGCGCUUCAACGCCGACCGAGACGGCCUUGCCACGAACGACAAAGCCCUCGAGGAUAGACCUCGCACAGGACAUCAUCUCCCGGCGAGAGCGAGAUGAAGAAUCCCACGACCAAUCUCGCACCCUCUACAACAAAGCCUACCUAGACGAACUCCGAAACUCGACUCCCUCAACUCCACGCGACAUCUCCUCCCCACAAGCCACACCUUCUACAGAUCUCAUCGAACCGUCAUCCCACCUCGAACUGGAUCUCGAAGCUAAAUUCGGCAAGCCCGCCUUGUCAACCACAUCCGCGCACAUCCCCUCCGCCGCGGAAAUCAAGGAGAAGAAGGACCGCCGCGCCCGCCUCGCCAAGGAACAAGCCGCGAAUGCCUAUUCCAGCCGGGUCGGGGGAGGAAGCGCCGGCGAAGACUUCAUAUCGCUCGAGGACUACGACUCGGACGGCGAAUUCCGCCCGCACCGCAUGCAAGUCGGCCCUUCGAUCUCUUCACAGGCCCGCGAGAAAGACACGCGGCUCGUGCAUGAAGACGAAGACAUCGCCGAAGGGUUCGAUGAGUAUGUCGAGGACUCAGGGCGCGUGACGCUCUCGAAACGCGGGCUGAAAGAGCAAUCGCGCCAAGAGCGCGAAGCCAUCCGCACCUUGAUCGACCAAGCCGAGGGCUCCGCGUUAGAGGCCUCAGACAACACCGACGCGUCCGACUCGGACUACGAACGGCGCAAGGAAUACGAGUUGGCGCAGACGCACCACGGCAUGGACGGUCUACGCUGGCACUCGGCGCGGACGGCGCAGCUCUCGCGGCCUCAGCAACCGAGAGAAACGACGCCGAUCCCCAAAUUAAGCGUCGGCUUGACGCGAUUGCGGGACAUACUUUCGGCGCUGGAGUUUGAAAAGGCCCGGAUCGUCAAGCGGAAAGCGGACAUUGAGCGGGAAAGGGCCGACAUCAAGGCCAGUCAGGACCAUAUCCAGCGGAGCUUGGAGGAGGCAGGCCAGGAACUGGAGAGGGUCAAGAGGGAGCAUGCCGAGCAGAUUAAUGGCACCAACGGCGACGUGAACGGCCAUGGGAUGGAUGCAGAUACUGCUGGCACAGAGAGGGAGAAGGAGAGGGGGUUAGAGUCCUUUGGCGAUAACGCUUGA